CAAGAGAUAAUUUUGUUGCUGCUCCCUACCUACAUUCAUCAAGUCUUAGACUCCCCCAAUCGCCCACUUAUACCUUCAUCGUCCAAGCGCAGCACAGCUCCAGCCAUCACCAUGUCUUCUCGAGGUGUACAGAAAAGAGGCAAGAUCACCACAAAACGCAUUUUGAAUGCCAUCGGGGAAGACUUGACCGCGAGAGGAUACAAGCCUGAGGAUUUUAAGCGGAAAGAAGAGGACAAGCUGCCAAUGCCCAUAAUUACAACUAUACAGGGUCCUUGGAAAAUCCUGUAUUCGCAAGAACGAGCAAUCGGACGAUCGGUCAUAGUGCAGCUUGAAUUCGGGAAAGAAGCUGACCCAUGCGAGUAUGACUUCGGUAUGUACUGGCAAAACGUCGACAACGAUUCGGAGCAGGGGGUUCUACGUGCACAUUCGGAUGAACACCACACUAAGUGGAUAGAGGACCCUGACUCUGACGGCGAGACGCAUUUGAUCUGGUACAGUGGUGGCAUUGAAGCGCCGAAACGCGUGGGCAGGUUCAAGCUCAUGUUUAAGGUUGUUCCCAAAGGAACAGAACUGGAAAGAAGGGACCUUGAGGCAUCCGACUUUGCGCUGAAGGCCUUGGUGGCUGGAUACUACCAGGCCGACGGGGAGGAGCAGGACUAUGUGGAGGUACUGGAUCAUGAGGAGUACCCUACGGAGCAGCAACUGCAAAGGACACGUGCUGGAGGCCCGGACCAUCCUCGCCUGAGGGGACACUUCAACUGGCUCAGACAGGAGUCCCUUAGUAUGGGCCGUGAAGCUGCUGCUGUCUCUGACCCCAUUGCUGUCCCUGGCCCUGAUGCUGUCUAAGCUGCACAGCAGUGUCACCAUUGAGCUCUUAGUCUUUGAUCGGAGGAUCUUUUUCAUGGGGCAAGGGUCCAGAGGAUGGUUGCCGUUAGGGCCUUUGCUCCAUUGAUUUCUUUUAUUAUUUCUUUUGGAUUUUUUCUGGCUUUUUCCCCAGUUCAUUUUGAUGUCCAGGUGUCAGUCGUUACCGUUGUUGGUGGAAAGCAUAAUUG